CUGAUCAGACCGGUGACAUUGUGGAAGAGAACUCUGCAGAUGAUUUAGACAUGGACAAAUCAAAGAAGCUUAAUGGGAAUGGAUAUGAGGUGGUUGGUGUUGAAACAGUAACUACCAGUAAUCCAGCUGUAGAAAGAGGGAACUGGGGUCGUCAACUUGAUUACAUUUUAUCCUGUAUUGGAUAUGCUGUUGGACUUGGAAAUAUUUGGCGCUUCCCCUAUCUCUGUUACAGACAUGGUGGUGGUGUGUUUCUCAUCCCCUAUAUAAUUAUGCUGUUCUUGGCUGGCAUGCCACUGUUCUUCCUCGAGACGGCGUUUGGCCAGUAUGCCAGCCAGGGUCCAGUCACUAUAUGGAAAGCUUGUCCACUCUUCACAGGAAUCGGCUGGGCCAUGGUCAUCAUUUCAGGCAUGGUAGUCGUCUAUUACAACAUCAUCAUGGCGUGGACAGCUUUCUUCAUAUUCAAAUCCUUCACCCUGGAGUUACCUUGGAAGACAUGCGACAAUGAGUGGAACUCAGACGACUGUGGCUAUGCAUUGCCGCCAAAUGGUACUAUGAUGAAUGGCACGUGGAUCAAUCAGACGAUGGUGGGAGUCAUGAAUAUUAGUGUGCCAGAAAUCAAGAGAAUAACACCGGCACAGGAAUACUGGAGUAAAGUUGUUUUGGACGAGAGUGACGGUAUUCAUAACUUGGGACCAAUCAGAUGGGAAAUGGCGUUGUGCCUCCUCCUAGCCUGGUUUGUUGUCUUCCUCUGUAUCUGCAAAGGUGUCAAGUCAUCAGGAAAGGUUGUUUAUUUCACAGCAACAUUUCCGUACAUCAUUCUGGUGUGCUUACUUGUCCGCGGACUUACGCUAGAGGGCGCUAGUAAGGGAAUUGGUUACUAUAUGAAUGCUGACUGGGAACGCUUGAAAACUUCUAAGAUAUGGAAUGACGCUGCAUCCCAGAUCUUCUAUUCGUUGGGCCCGGCGUGGGGAGGAAUUCUGACCUUCUCGAGUUAUAAUAAAUUUCAUCAUAAUUGUUUCAGGGAUGCAAUAAUGGUUCCACUCAUCAACUGCAGCACCAGCAUCUUUGCUGGCUUUGUUGUUUUUGCAACACUCGGCUUCAUGUCGGAAAAGACGGGGAUGGACAUUGAAGAUGUGGCAAUACAAGGUCCUGGCCUAGUAUUCGUCACAUACCCAGAAGCCAUUGCACAAAUGCCAUUGGCUCCUCUCUGGUCCGUUCUCUUCUUCUUCAUGCUCUUCCUAGUUGGAUUGGAUACACAGUUUGGUAUGACAGAGACCGUCAUCAGUGGAAUUAUUGAUCAGUUUCCAGACAAGUUGCGUAAAAGGAAAACACUUUUUUCUUUUUGCGUGUGUUGUCUGUUCUUCCUCCUGGGUCUACCUCUUGUCACGAGGGGUGGUAUUUAUGUGUUUGAGUUAAUCAACUGGUACAGUGCUUGGUUGUCUUUGAUGAUUGUCGGCAUGACGGAGUGUAUCGCAAUCGCAUACUUCUAUGGUGUAAAACGGUUCUUAGCUGAUAUCAACCAAAUGCUUGGUUAUGACAUCAUUAUUUGGUGGUGGUAUUGCUUCUGUUGGCUCUUCAUGACGCCAGCCAUCAUUAUUUUCAUCAUAGUGUUUGGCAUCUGGGAGUAUGUCCCGGUAUUCUACGGCACAUACAAAUACCCAGUGGAGGCUGAAGUAAUAGGUUGGCUCAUGGCCUUCAUUGCACCUGCCAUGAUACCACUCUUUAUGGUCUUCAAUUACUUCUUCAUGUCAGAGGGAGACACCUUUCAACAGAGACUUUCCUCUUUAAUCAGACCGACAAGUGAAUGGGAGUCCAUCCGCGCCCACAACGAGAGCCCAGAAAACAUCGACGGUCAUCUCGCUCUGACCAAGAUUGAAUCAAAUCUCACAAUGAAUGGAAAUACUAAACCGGGUCAAGCGGUAUGAAAACUGAUCAACGGUCAUAAAGCGUCACGACAGUGGAACAAGUAAACAAGAGGAGUAGUUUAACUUGCAGUUGUGUAUAACCAGGCCCCAAUCUCAUAAAACUGUUCAGCAGAAAAUUCUGCUUCGCAAAUUUCCUAACUAAGCAAGAAGUGAUCGAGGUACCAGUCAAAGCGAUGGUAGCCGUCUGGUUUUCAGGCUGGUAACCCUUUGUUUACUAAGCAAAUGUUUUUCUUUUGUGCUAAACAAGUUUGAAAUGAAGUUUGAAAUGGUUUGGGGUUUAUUUGUUUGAUUUAUGUUUGAAGGUUUGAAGGAUUGGUUUUAUAAACUAAAAGCACAUGCAUUAUACCUUUAGGUGUGUGUUGUUGUUGUCUUUUUGGUUGUUUUUGUCUCUUUUGACAGUCUGUCACCUGCAAUACUCCAAGACAUUAUUUGUUAAAUAACUUUAUGUACAUUGAAAGGAGCUGCAAGGAACUAACAAUAGUCUGAAGAAUAUAAUUGUGAAAGUAUAAAGGAAUACAAGAAAACUGAAAUAA